UUGAACUAAGAACCCAAAGUUUGAAGCUUUCUAGUUACUUUAGGUUUCCUUUGUGAAAGAUUUAAGCUGGUGCUUGAGCUUGGAAUUUAAGGUUGUGGGAUAUCCUGCUGAAGCUUUUGAAUGGUUUGAUUUUGUGGGUGCUUGUAAAAACUGAGAUUAGUUUGCUGCAGUUAACUUUUUUUUCGAAAUGGAUAAUUUGAAGAAUCGGCUUAAUGAUCCUCUUGGUGUGAGCAAGACCGGCAAGAAUAUAAAGAAGAGCCCAUUGCAUCAGCCUAACUUUGCUACUAAUGGUGCUAGACAGCAGCCUCAGCCUCAGGUUUACAACAUAAGCAAGAAUGAUUUCCGGAGUGUCGUUCAGCAGCUCACCGGUUCACCGUCACGCAAUGAUCCUUUGCCCAGACCCCCACAGAAUCCUCCCAAACCCCAAAGUAUGAGGUUGCAGAAGAUUAGGCCUCCACCAUUGACACCAAUGAAUCGGCCCCAUGUUCCAGCUCAAGUACCUGCCCUUGUCCCAGCUCAUGCACCCGCUCCUGCUCAUUAUAACAAUAGCUUGUUUAGACAUGGCCAAUAUGAACAACCAUCGUCUGGAGUGUUGCAACCUAUGAUACCCGUAGAUGCUUUUUGGGGAAACACAGCUGAAUCUCCAAUCUCAGCUUAUAUGCGAUACCUUCAAACUUCUCUUAUAGAUCCGAGUCCACUUGGAAAACAAGUUCAACCUCAAGUACACAUUCCAGUUCCAGGUCAAUAUCAUGUUCUAUCACCAUCAUCAGGUGGCGUAAAUGGUUCUGUACCACCAUUAAUGCCUAAUCUCCCAUCACCAAGGAUGAAUGGACCUGCCCUUUUACCCUCACCAACUUCUCAGUUCCUUCUGCCAUCACCUACUGGUUAUAUGAAUUUGCUCUCUACUCGAUCGCCUUACCCUUUGCUUUCUCCCAGGGUUCAAUUUCCUCCGAAGACUCCCAAUUUCGGUUUCUCACCCAUGGUUCAGUCGGGGAUUUUAGGUCCAGGGCCUCAACCUCCAGCUUCCCCUGGUCUCGCAUUUCCAUUGUCACCUAGUUUCUUUUCCUUCCCAAGUCCUAGAUGGAGGGGUUAACAAUCCAAGUUAUACUUGAAGAAUUAGGACCUUCUUCAUGAGGAUCAUCCCCUUCUCAUGGAGAUUCAAUUGUGAAAAUAUAUUGUAUACUGCUGGUGUAACGAGAUGUCACUUUAAAGU